GGACGAGGAGGAGGAAGGAGGUGAGCGGGGAUGGUGGAGUCAGGGCUCUGGACCGCAGCCUGGGGCGGGAGCGGCACAGGGGCGCCCGCGGGCCGGUCCUCUGCCUUCCUGCCUGUCGGGGGGCCCGGCCGUCCGUCGGAAUCCUAAUGAACUGACCGGCACCAUUUUUACCAGCUGGCAUGAGUUCUCAGAAAUGAGCAUAGUGCUUUUAGAGCCACCAUGUAACAGACGGAUGCCACUCCAAGCCAUUACUUUUCCAUGCCAACACUCUUGAUUGUCCAGGAUCUUUGUCUCUUCAUCUUUGAUCUGGAUUGCCCGAAAUAACAGGAGUUCAUGGAGUGUUUUCUUUAAGCUUGAGUCACCAUGAGUAGUAGUUUAGGAAAAGACAAAGACUCUAAAGAGAAAGAGCCCAAAGUGCCGUCUGCCAAGGAACGAGAAAAAGAGGCAAAAGCCUCUGGAGGUUUUGGGAAAGAAAGCAAAGAGAAAGAACCUAAAACCAAAGGAAAAGAUGCCAAAGAUGGAAAGAAGGAGUCCAGUGCUGCCCAACCAGGUGUGGCUUUUUCAGUUGACAAUACCAUCAAACGGCCAAAUCCAGCACCGGGAACUAGAAAAAAAUCCAGCAAUGCCGAGGUAAUUAAGGAGCUUAACAAAUGCCGGGAGGAGAGCUCAAUGCGCUUGGACUUAUCCAAGAGGUCUAUACAUAUACUGCCACCAUCAGUCAAAGAGUUGACUCAACUCACAGAACUUUAUUUAUACAGUAACAAAUUGCAGUCCCUCCCAGCAGAGGUGGGCUGUCUAGUCAAUCUCAUGACGUUGGCUCUCAGUGAGAAUUCACUCACCAGUUUGCCUGACUCUCUUGAUAACUUGAAGAAACUGCGGAUGCUUGAUUUACGGCAUAAUAAACUGAGAGAAAUUCCUUCCGUGGUAUAUAGGCUAGACUCUCUCACUACUCUCUAUCUUCGCUUUAACCGCAUCACGACUGUGGAAAAGGACAUCCGAAACCUGCCGAAGCUCAGCAUGCUCAGCAUCCGAGAGAACAAGAUCAAGCAGCUCCCUGCUGAGAUUGGUGAAUUAUGUAACCUCAUUACCCUGGAUGUAGCUCACAAUCAACUUGAACACCUUCCAAAGGAGAUUGGAAACUGCACACAGAUAACCAACCUUGACUUGCAGCACAAUGAACUACUAGACCUCCCAGAUACAAUAGGAAACCUGUCCAGUUUAAAUCGCCUUGGCCUGAGAUACAAUAGAUUGUCAGCAAUACCCAGAUCAUUAGCAAAAUGCAGUGCACUUGAGGAGUUAAAUUUAGAGAACAAUAACAUUUCUACUCUACCAGAGAGUCUUUUGUCCAGUCUUGUAAAAUUGAAUAGUUUGACCUUAGCUAGAAAUUGCUUCCAGUUAUAUCCAGUGGGAGGUCCGUCUCAGUUUUCCACCAUUUAUUCCCUCAACAUGGAACACAAUCGAAUCAACAAAAUCCCAUUUGGAAUUUUUUCCAGAGCUAAAGUGUUAAGUAAGCUGAAUAUGAAGGACAAUCAGUUAACAUCACUUCCUUUGGAUUUUGGAACUUGGACCAGUAUGGUAGAAUUGAAUUUAGCAACUAAUCAGCUCACAAAGAUCCCAGAGGAUGUAUCUGGUCUGGUUUCUCUUGAGGUUCUAAUAUUAUCGAACAAUCUUCUAAAGAAGCUUCCCCACGGUUUGGGAAACCUUAGGAAGUUACGAGAGUUAGACCUGGAGGAGAACAAGCUGGAGUCCUUGCCCAAUGAGAUCGCUUACCUUAAGGAUUUGCAGAAAUUAGUCUUGACAAACAACCAGUUGACCACUCUUCCCAGAGGCAUCGGUCACCUUACCAACCUCACGCACCUUGGUCUUGGAGAGAACCUGCUCACUCACCUUCCUGAGGAAAUUGGUACACUGGAAAACCUAGAAGAACUGUAUUUGAAUGACAACCCCAACCUUCACAGCCUCCCCUUUGAGCUUGCUCUUUGCAGCAAGUUGUCAAUCAUGAGUAUUGAGAACUGUCCACUCAGUCACCUCCCACCUCAAAUUGUUGCUGGAGGGCCUUCGUUCAUUAUUCAGUUCUUAAAGAUGCAGGGUCCGUAUCGUGCCAUGGUCUGAUACAAACUGCUGGUCCCACACACUGUUCAAAAACAGACUGCCAUUAAUCUUUCGUAUCUGUAUCUGUAUCUGUGUGGAUAUUGAUCUAUGGCAGAUUUAUAAAGACUGCAUUAUGUGUUUCUGCUAAUAGAGGAAUCAUAGCCAUUUAGAUUUUUUUAAUUCUGUAAAAAAAAAAAAAAGGCUUAUAUAAGUUUUCUUUGCUAAAUUUGAUGGAUGUUUUUCUGUAUGUAAUCUGGUAUGCUAGUUUGUUUAAAAAUCUUCCAACAAAUUAUAAAGUCAUUAAAUUUAAGGGACAAAAUAGUAUAGUUAAAUACAUGUUUCUCUUAGGAAAAUGUGGGCCAAAAAUUUUGUUGCAUCUUUCAUAUACAUUUCCCCUUAAAAUUGUCAGAUCUUUAUAACAGCAUAGGCCCUGAAGGUAGAAUUUUUCUUUAACUUAUUUUGAAAUUUGAAAUUUAAAUUUUAUAUAUUGUUUACAAUCGGAAUGAAUCACUGGAUUAUUUUGAUUUGCUCUGUUUUAAUCAGUCAGAUAGAGUUCAUAUUCUGUUAAAGAAUUUGCAUCAGUUAGUUUAAAUAUUAAAAGAUACUUUGUCAAAACAGCUGGCAAACAGAAAAUAUACAUUUAGAAAUCAAAAUUUUCACUAGUUUUAUUUUUCCAGUGAACUUUAAAGCAAAUAUCUGAAGUGAAUCUUUGGGGUGGGGGUAUCGAAACGUUUCCUAGAAUAAGUAUGUUUUACUGUAUAGGAGCAGAAAUCUGUGGUGAAAGCUUUUCUUUUUUCUCUUUUCUUUUCUUUUCUUUUCUUUUCUUUUCUUUUCUUUUUUCUUUUCUUUCCUUCCCCAUUCCUGAAAGUUGCAGAUCCAAAAAAUUUAACAAAAAUUUGGCAAGUAAAUAACACGUAAAGACACAUUCUAUAUAUGUAUAUACAAUGCUAUAUAGAUAUGUAUUUAUUAUAUCAUAAACUACAAUAGGUAACUUUAAAGACUUCUCCCUUUACUUGUACAAUGAGAUGGAUGUCUCUCUCUAAAGACUGCAGUAUAUGUGCAUUCGGGAUUAUUUAACAGUGUCCUAUGGUUUUAUAUCUUGACUCACCUUGUCCAUCUUUCUGUUCGGGAGUAUCUGUGUCUAAGCACAAUAUCUUCACACUGUGCUGUAUUGCUGCUGAACUAAAUGCACUUUCCCCAUACAUGGGGCACUGGCUUCAAACAAUUCAGUUCAGUACCGUUGCUUUCAAUCUCAUCUUUCCUUGGUUAGUAGGUGGUAGUCAGUUAUGGAAAACGGCACAUUGCAUUGAUGCCAUUGGUAGUUCCGUGGAAGUUAUGUAGGAUGUGCAUGGACUUGUUGAUAAUAUUUUCUUUUGCUUUUCUGCCUUUAUGAAUAUCAACUGUAAAUGUGUGCCCCGUACAUAGUAUUCUUAUUUUUGGUAGUGUUUGUCUAGGUCAAUUUAAUUAUUGAGAACACCCUCCCCCGCAGAGCAGGUGCAGCCUAAAUACAAUCCUGAAACACACUUUCCAUAUAACGAAUGACUAUUAUACAUAAGUAAAUAUUGCUGCUUGUUAUUUUAUUUUGCACCCCCCCCCCCAUUUUUGGGUAUUUUGUUCUAAACUGUUUUUAAAAAUUAAAACUGUAAUAUCAAGAUAAAAAUUUGGGUUUUUGCUUUUCCUGGUACUCAAAUCCAAGACUGGGUUUCAGAUCAAAUCUCUGUUCAUAAUUGGCAAGUUUGUAAGGAGCAGCUAAGAAAUGGAAGGCAGGUAAAGAUAUAAAACCCUAGAAUGCCUAAAUGUGCUGUAAAACUAUUGUAGAUGUUCACUGGAUUUUACGAAGUUAAUAGCCUUUCUCCUUUUCCAUCUACUGUGGCUUUUCAGUUAAGAUUUUGUUUAUAAAAGGAAUUUAUUACAGUUCUACCUA